GUAGUACUAUCUCUCGCUCCGAUAGCGUCCGGAGCGAUGACCAGCGAUGACAUUGAACGAAUGCGCACACAAGUAUUCUGCUCUGCUAUCUCUAUUUGUAUAACGAAUACCCAGAGGAUUAGAGCCGGUAUCGGUACAAGAAUCAUGAUUUUCCCACGAGAUAAUUCAAUCCUUGAACCUUUGAAUUAAUUUAAUUAGGAUGACGAGGAGUUUGCUCCGCAUCAACUUGUUUUUGUCAUAAAGUUGUGGCUUCUAUAGUUUAUGUAAUGAAUCCUGAUAACUGUACAUCUCCUCUAUGUUAGAUAUUUGAAAUGUUUAUGCGUGAGACAAUGAUAAAUUUUAUUAAGCAUUUGACAAUCUAAAAAGUUCAACUAUGGCUGAGGGUGGAACAGAGCCAAAGUCUAUUGAUGGCCAGAUUUCAAGAGGUCAGUUAGAGAUAAAUGAAUGCCUCGGUAACUGGUUAACGUACUUACAGACACUUAAUGGCCUAUGUACAGCUGGUACUAAACUGGCUCAAUCCCUGCAAGCACUUCUUUCCAUGCAUGAUACAGUGGCACAAUGCCGUCUGACAGGUCAAUGUCUGGCUGGAUGGGAAGAAUUAACAAAAGCUACACAUAUAGCCAGCAGUACUGUUAAGAAUCAUGUGAUCACUGCUCUGAGGGAUCAUGAAUCUCGUGAUAAUGAUGGGGAUAAGCAUGAUAUUCUGAGAGAAAAUCUCUUAACAUUCAUAAAUUUGCAAUAUCAGUUCUGCGUUGCUUGUUGUGAGUGCUUAGGUGGAAUGGCAGAAUGUUCUUGCUCUCAAAAUGGUAGUGGUGAUUGCGAUAUCGCCGCGCUACAGCAAUGCUUUGAGCGUCUUUACAGUUCACCAAUACCACUAAUUUCUUCCUCGUCCACCCAACAAUCGAUGCCGAAUUGUCGGAGAUCCCCUUUGCCAUAUUCGUUGUUUCCGCAGGUUCAAAGAAGAUGGUCUGAAACGGCGGCGGCGGAAAUGUCAGGCGAGUCCGUCGAAAACACAAUGAGACGUUGGUCGAUGCCGUGGGAUUGUAAGCACGUCAUAGAGUGGCCGCGUCAGGAUGCAAGGUCAAGAUUAAGGGUACCGCAGCAAGAUCGUAGUAGAUCGACCACGCCUGAUUCAGUGUGGAAAACGUCCACAAUGGCUAGUCAGGAUGGUCUGCAAGAAGCUAUUCAGUUGUUAUCUUGCAAGCCAGGAGUUCGACCGUCCAAUCAACUCUCGGCUUACACUAGUCAGCACAUCCCGGGUGUCACCUUGACGACCUGCAAUUUUGACUUGAAUUACGACUCCACUAUUUGGUCAGGAUCGCGUAGAAUAGGUUCUCCCAGAUGCUGGCCUCAGGAUUCUAGUGAUCAUUCCGAUCAAUCUGGACAUCGUGAUAGCGAUCACAGCGUUCAUAGUGGCGAACACAGAGAUUCGGAGCAGAGCGGUGCUAGUGGUAGUCAUGGCGAUAGCAAGGAUAGCAUUCACUCGCAUUGCGAUCAUAGAGAAACGGAAACUGGUGCAGCGGAUACAUUGCCAUCUCGCAAGAGCAGCUCGUCAACCGAUUCCUGCCUCUCGGCGCACAGCCGAUCGGGUUCGGAAAGCGCUGGUGGCGGGGAAUGUACGAGAUCGCAAUUGUACUCGAUGUGGAGCGGUGGCGAUUUGUCCUUCAUCAAGUUGCCGGAGAGCAACGAGAUACAAGAUGAACAUCCACCCACUUAAAUGUCUGCCACUAUUGCUUCUUAUCUAAAAUGUAUCCGACGAGAAAUUCAACCUUUGGAUUACUGAGCCGUGAAAUAAUUUUAUGAUUUUUUUAAAAAAGAUAUUACAC